ACAGGCCCAAAGGCUUACCCUCCCCAAAAUCUGCACGAGGACAUUAUUGCCGGUGGCUAGUGAUACGUGCAACUUAUCAGAGAAUGGGCAGUAAACCACCUAUGUACGACGAGACUCACUCGGACAAACUCACCCGCAAGGCCCGGGAAUCACCGUUUAUGCCAAUAGGCAUUGCGGGGCUUGCCGCGGUGUGCGCAAUCGGAGCGUACAAGUAUAAGCACCGGGGUGCAAUGUCCACGUCCGUGUUCCUGAUGCAGCUUCGAGUGGCCGCGCAAGGUACGGUGGUUGCCGCCCUGUCCAUUGGGCUGGGUUACACGAUGGCGAACGAGUACAUCUUCAACAAAAAGGAGUAAUUUAAGUAGACUCUUAUCAUACUCAAAGAAGUGUAAAUAAGUAUUAACGAAUAGGUCAAAUAACUAUUUAUUCUCCAUUGAGUUCCUCAGCCAACCCGUUUCCUCGUUUCCAUCCUUCUGGAACGAGGAAUGAUGCUAUUUUUUUCUAGUGCAAUGCACAAGAAUUACUGUGAUUGAUGGAAUGCUAUGAGGAGGUGAAAUGAACUGUAUGGAUGAUGAGCUAGUGUAUACAAAGGGAUCUAGAAUCACAUAUUUCAAUGCGCAAAAUUGCUAUAACUCACAGAGACAAAUUGUUGGCUUGGCAGUUUCACGUGUAAUCGCCCUAAUCUCCUAUAUAUUUGGUAUAAAUUGGACAAAUAUUGUAAUUUCAGAAGGAUUCCUACAAUUAAAAAAUGAUUCAAAAUUGGAAGUUGGGAAGCAAAAUAUAAAGAGUUGCUUAAUUCGGUAAUGAAAAGAAAUUUCGAGCAUGUGUUAUUUUAUUAUGGUUUAAAACAUGUCUGUAUUUACUGUACAAUUUAAAAUUAUUCAAAAAAAUUUAAAAUGAUUUAUUUUGAUGACCAUAUUCAAACCGAUCAAUCAACUGUUGCGUAUGAAUACAUAGUAGAUAGCAAAAAUAGCGGUUUCUUUUUGAGAAAUUAAAUA